CGAAACCAUGCGACCUCAAGCACUAGAGGCUGCAGCAACGCCAAACCCCGAUGAAGCAACAGCUGAAGCAACGCCACAGGCAGUAGGCGUCUCAGUAGACAAGGAACAGUCCCAUGAUGUCGACAAGCCCCACAACACAUCAACGAAGCCCUCGACGCCUUUCGGAGAACGAACAGAAGGCACCGAAUCCGCAGCCAAAUUGGUCGAAGAAGUGGCCCGUGGAAUGAAGAUAGCCGUCAAUGAAGCCUUCACAUGGGUUGAAAAGAAGACAGACGAGUUGAGCGCAGAGCAGGACAGCACUGGGCCUUACACGUCGCCGGCGACCUGUGCACCUUCAGAUCUCGACGUAAUCGCGAGUGGCAUUCUGCCUGCUAUGCCUACACAGACGCAGUCCCGAGGAAAAUGAGAAUGGAGCUAGUGAAUAGAAACAUGCGAUGCGAGAGGCAGGACAGAUGGGGGCAUGGAACUAGCAUGAGCUGGGGAGGCUUUUCUACGGUGAUUCGGAUCCUACCAUAACCCGGCGAGGCUAUAGUGACAAGGCGUGCUACCAGAAGAGCAACCAAGUAGAGUAGAGCAUGCA